AUGGCCUCCAUAGACACGACAUUACAGGACAUAUUUAGGAUGAAGAGAGAUGAUGGUAUUGAGCUCAUGAGCCGCUGUUUUCAUUGGACGGAGUUUGACGGUGAUGAUAAACGACAGUUCUUGCAUCAGGAGUUUGUGUAUGAGAAUGUGAUGUAUGCAGUGAAACGAGCACUGCCCUGGUCAACAGUGGCACAAGUGGCACACAUGACCAAACACCUGCUGCCUAAAUUUAAUGGCUUGAAGACAUCAGAAGUCAUUCGCCUUGUCAAGGAUCAGUUAUCACAGAUACAGCCUCGUCUCUCCACUGCCCAACAUGCUCUUCUUCUAGAAUUCAUUGUGAAAACAUACGUUCCUCAUCAACGCCUUUAUCAGGCAGUUUUAAGUGGCAAAACGGGGCUUAAACACGUGAGAUCUGAGCUUGUAAUUGAAACCCCACCUCCUCCACAGCCGCUAUGUGAGGGCAUAGAUACUGUGGAGUGGCAACAGCAUCAGGCACAGAAAGGGCUGCUUUUGGCUCAGUCCAAGAAAGAAGCAGAAAUCACAGAACUCAAAAAGAAGACUGAAGCUCAGAUGAUGGAGAAGUUGCAGGCCAGAUUACACAAUCUUCCCGUCAAAGGCACGAUGAGCAAACAGGAAGUGGAAGAGUUGCUGCGCAGUUUUCUGCAGUCGCAAGGAGAAAUUAUAAUGGAGUCUUUGAUGCACGAGGCCUGUCUGACAGAGGAACUACUACAACUGAAACUGAUGCAGAAGUCUCAACUAAUGGACAGACACGUCGCAAAUGAUCCUGUUCAUGUGCCAGUUGCCACAAAAAUAAAAAAGAAAUGAUUUUGAUUGAUUACUAUACAUGAGGUACACAUGGGUUAAACUGUUGGCAUUUAUGUUUCUUCCUUACAGUCGCAAAUGUUGCUAUGAGCAUAUGAGCCAUUGAAAUUUUGGGAGCGACUCCUGUAUUCCGUAUAUACAUGGAACUUUAGGGGAUUCACUCCUGCAUUUUGUCUCUCACAAAAUUUUGCAGUGUGUAUGUGGCCAUAGAAAUCCAUGGGUAAGCGAAACGUUUUGUUUCAUUAGGCAUAUACUGUAAACAUGGCACUAUACUUAAUACUGUAUGCAUGUGCAAUUUCUUUGGCCCAAAAUCAGGCCAAUGAGUUGCUAAUAAAGGACAAAAACAU